GGAGCCAGCUGCCAAGGCGGCAAGACUUCCAGCCCUACGUGCAGGGCCCAGGAUAGUGGCCCAAAGGGGCCCUGGACUGGGCUGAUGAGGACACUACUGACCAUCCUGGCUGUGGGAUCCCUGGCUGCCCACAUCACCGAGGACAGCCCCAAGCUUCUUCAACACGUGAAAUUCCACUCCAGCAACUUUGAAAACAUCCUGACGUGGGAGAGCGGGCCUGAUGGCACCCCAGACACAGUCUACAGCGUGGAGUAUAAGACAUACGGAGAGAGAGAGUGGCUGGCAAAGAUGGGCUGCCAGCGGAUCACCCGCAAAUCCUGCAACCUGACCAUGGAGACCGGCAACCUCACCGAGCUCUACUAUGCCAGGAUCACGGCCAUCGACCCAGGAGGCCGGUCAGCCACCAAGAUGACGGACCGGUUCAGCUCUCUGCAGCACACUACCAUCAAACCACCUGAUGUGACCUGUGUCCCCAGAGUGAGAUCCAUUCAGAUGAUCAUCCAUCCUAUCCCCAUCCCCAUCCACGCCGGAGACGGCCACCAGCUGACCCUGGAGGAGAUCUUCCACGACCUGUUCUACCGCCUAGAGCUCCGUGUCAACCACACCUAUCAAAUGCACCUUGGAGGGAAGCAGAGAGAAUAUGAGUUCUUUGGCCUGACCCCGGACACCGAGUACCUUGGGACCAUCAUGAUUUUGGUUCCAACCUGGUCCAAGGAGAGCUCCCCCUACGUGUGCGGAGUGAAGACGCUGUCAGACCGGACCUGGACCUACUCCUUCUCAGGUGCCAUCCUCUUCUCCAUGGGCUUCCUCGUUGCCGUGCUCUGCUACCUCAGUUACAGAUACAUCACCAAGCCGCCUGCGCCUCCCAACUCCCUGAAUGUCCAGCGAGUCCUGACCUUCCAGCCUCUGCGCUUCAUCCAGGAGCACGUGCUGACCCCUGUGUUUGACCUCAGUGGCCCCAGCAGCCUGGCCCAGCCUGUCCAGUACUCCCAGGUCAUGGUCUCCAGGCCCAGGGAGCCCCCGGGAGCCACACAGCUGCACAGCCUGCCUGAGAUCACGUACCUGGGACAGCCAGAUGUCUCCGUCCUUCGGCCCUCCACCCUGCCACCUCGCCAGACACUCCCUCCGCCUGCAUAUGCCCCAAAUGGUACCCCUGAAGUCACGCCCCUAUCCUAUGCCCCUCAGGUCGUACCUGAAACUAAAGCCCCAUUCUACACCCCACAGCCGGUCUGUAAGGCCCAGCCUCCCUCCUAUGCCCCCCAGACCACUCUGGACAGCUGGCCUGCUUCCUAUGGGGUGUGCAUGGAUGGUUCUGGCAAAGACUCCCCCUCUGGGACUCCCAAACAGCUCAGACUGAAAGGUCAGCUCCAAAAAGAGGCACCAGCUGGCUGCUGCCUCCCAGGUGACUUUUCUCUACAGGAAGUGACUUCAUUGGCCAUGGGGGAACCUCAAGAAGCAAAAUUACUCCCCCAGCCUCUGGAGGUUUGCAUGGACAGAGCACCUGACCUGGAUGUGCUAUGCAGUGGGGACCUAGGGACACCACAGUACCUAAAGGGUCCACUCUCCCUCCUCUCCUCUGUCCAGAUUGAGGGCCACCCGGUCUCCCUCCCUUUGCACUCUCCUUCCCUUUUGUGUUCCCCCUCAGACCAGGAGCCAAGUCCCUGGGGCCUGCUGGACUCCCUUGUGUGUUCCAAGGACGAAGGUCCAGUGGCUGAGGCUGAGGCCAAGUGCCCUGGGGCCUCAGAGCUGGAGCAGCCCAUGGAGCUGGACUCACUUUUCAAAGGCCUGGCCUUGACAGUACAAUGGGAAUCCUGA